AUGCACCAUUUCUUUCAGAAUCGAAUGCACGAAUCUCUGAAAUUAUUCGACUCGAUUUGCAACAAUAAAUGGUUCACGGAUACGUCAAUUAUUCUAUUUUUGAACAAAAAAGAUCUCUUUGAGGAGAAAAUCAAGAAAAGCCCGCUCACCAUUUGUUUCCCAGAAUAUUCAGGUCGACAAGAUUACCACGAGGCGUCCGCCUACAUUCAAGCCCAAUUUGAAGCGAAGAACAAGUCUGCCAAUAAGGUUUGUUUACCUUUUAUUUCUCACCGUGUUCUAGAUAUUUUAUUUGUAAACUUCAAUUUUUUAUAUUUCUCGUAA